AUGGAUCUGGAGGAGACAUACAAAGAGGGAGAGAGUACGGAGGGGAAAAUUACUCGAUCUGCAGCUGCAAAGUUGGUGAAAAAGGCUUUUCUCGAAGCCCUGAAGUCCAAUGACUUUGAAACACUGGAAAAGCUCCUGAGCCAAAAGAAAAUAGAUGUGGACACAGUGUUUGAAGUGGAAGAUGAAAACCUGAUUCUGGCAUCCUACAAACAAGGGUACUGGCUUCCUAGCUACAAAUUAAAAAUAUCCUGGGCAACUGGACUUCAUCUAGCUGUCAUGUACGGACAUCUGGAGAGUCUUUCAGUCCUGCUCAAUCACAAAGCUACCAUCAACUGCCGGCCCAACGGAAAAGCUGCAAUCCACGUAGCGUGUGAAAUGGCAAAUGUUGAGUGUCUCAAGAUCCUUUGCAACCAUGGAGCUAAACUGAACUGCUUUUCAAUGAGUGGGCAGGCGCCCUUGCACUUCUGUACGACACGAACCUCUGUGCCUUGUGCCCAGCAGCUUGUUUGGAGAGGAGCAAACGUGAACAUAAAAACAAACAACCAGGAUGAGGAGACUCCUCUGCACAUUGUUGCACGUUUGGGUAUCCCAGAGCUCGUGGCCUUUUAUGUGGAACAAGGAGCGCAUGUUGAUGCUCUCAAUGCCUACAUGGAGACUCCCCUGGCCUGUGCAGCCUAUUGGGCCCUGCACUAUAAGGAUCAGAUAUACAGCCCAGAGCACCACCUCAUUUGUCGGAUGCUCUUAGACUAUAAAGCUGAAGUGAAUGCUCGUGAUGAGGAUUUCAAAUCACCACUCCACAAAGCUGCCUGGAACUGUGAUCACGUCCUGCUGCAUAUGCUGCUGGAGGCAGGAGCAGAAGCAAACAUCAUGGAUGUCAACGGCUGUGCACCACUACAGUAUAUCAUAAAAGUGACAUCUGUGCGGCCAGCUGCCCAGCCUGACAUCUGCUACCAGCUGCUACUGAAUCAUGGAGCAGCUAGGAUAUAUCCACUGCAAUUCCACAAGGUGCUACAAGCCUGUCAUUCCCACCCCAGAGCUGUGGAGAUUGUUGUCAAUAGCUAUGAGCACAUCAAAUCAACAUCGAAGUGGAAAGCAGCCAUACCUGACGAUGUCUUUGAGCGACACCAGGAUUUCUAUGACUCUCUGUUCACUGUGUGCAGCAAUUCACCACGGUCACUUAUGCAUUUAUGCAGAUGUGCUAUUCGGGCGAUAUUGUCAGAAAGGUGCCACCGAGGAGUCCCAUUGCUCUCCAUCCCCCUGUCCAUGAAGAAGUACCUGCUGCUGGAACCAGAAGGAAUCAUCUACUGAGCCACAGCAGCACAGGCACCAGCGUCUCCCUUCCUGGAUCCGCAUGCCUCUGCUGCGGGCUGGAGAUCCAGGCACAACCCUGACACAGCCCUUCGCUUUCAUACAGUCACAGGCCAGCCUGAAGCUGGGCUGGGAUUUACCAGCUCUCCUUGGAGCCGCUUGCCUUCCCUGCAGUGAGGAAUUGCAGCUGCAGGUUGUGGGUCAUGCUGGGGGAGGCAGAGCUGGAAAGGCCCCUCCAAACAAACACAGGGGUGCAUACUUCCAUGUUCUUUACAGCUCAGCUUUGACAAUGCUUCUGCUGCCUUUGGUAUUUAUUCCACUACCUGCUAGACAGCAUUAGAUUCAAUCUGAACAACCUUUGAUACUGUUUCGCUAUAAUUUUUUUCAGCUGUCAUUUUGGGAGUAAAAGAAAGGGUACCAUCAGAAAAUAGGACAUUUGUUAGUGCCACAGAAAUGCUUUCCCAGAAAGAAAUGGGUGAGCGGCUUUGAAUCAUGACCACAGACAGGAUUUCAGUAGUUUCCUUAUUUUCCUGUGGACUGACUCUCAAGUCAAUGUUAGUUCAC